GAAACUGCCCAAUGCUAAAUGUUAGACUUCUGUGUUAAAAACUGGCAAUUUCACAGCUUCAACCUCGUGAGACGUUCACGUUACGGAGUGAGCUCCCGCGCCGGACUCUGGAGGGAAGGCCGACGGCGAGCUUUCCCGGGUAGGGGGAGGGUGUGGCGGGCCCCGGGCUACAGCUGCUUCCGCUGCGGAAGGAGGUUCGAGCGGCCUCUCCGCGCCGGGCGGCAGACGGGGGAUGCCGGCUCCGCCCCCGGCUCUGCCCCUUACCCCGCCCUCCAGAUCGUUUCCGGCUGCCGUAAAGCGUGCCCCGCCCCGUCGCGCGCCUCCUGUGACGCAGGCGCCCUGGGCUUUUUGCGCGGGAAAAGGAAGCGGCCGCGGCUGCAGCUGAGGGCGCGGGGCCAGCCGCCUGCUGCGGUGCCGUGCCCGCCAUGGGGCUGCUGGAGCUGUGCCAGGAGGUGUUCGGCACCGCCGACCUGUACCGGGUGCUGGGCGUCCGGCGCCAGGCUUCUGAGGGCGAGGUCCGACGCGGCUACCGCAGGGUGUCCCUGCAGGUGCACCCGGACCGGGUGGGAGAGGGCGACAAGGAGGACGCCACCCGCCGCUUCCAGGUGCGCGAGCGCCCACCCAAGGCGGACUCGCCGCCCAGUCUUCGGGCCACGCGGCCCUGCCCGGGGGAUCCUCGGGAGAGUCUAUUCGGUUCUGAGCGACAGAGAGCAGAGAGCAGUGUACGAUGAGCAGGGGACGGUGGACGAGGACUCCGCCGCCCUCAGCCCAGACCGGGACUGGGAGACGUACUGGAGGUUGCUCUUCAAAAAGAUCUCUCUAGAGGAUAUUCAGGCUUUUGAAAAGACAUACAAAGGUUCUGAAGAGGAGCUGGCUGAUAUUAAACAGGCCUACCUGGAUUUCAAGGGCGACAUGGAUCAGAUCAUGGCGUCCGUGCUGUGUGUGGAAUACACAGAGGAACCCAGAAUACGGAACAUCAUCCAGCAAGCCAUUGACACCGGAGAGGUCCCAGCCUAUAAAGCCUUUGUCAAAGAAUCGAAACAGAAGAUGAAUGCAAGGAAAAGGAGGGCUCAGGAGGAGGCUAAAGAAGCAGAAAGAAGCAGGAAGGAGUUGGGGCUCAGUGAAGGGGUGGAUAAUUUGAAAGUGGCCAUCCAGAGCAGACAAAAGGAUCGGCAAAAGGAAAUGGACAAUUUUCUGGCUCAGAUGGAAGCAAAAUACUGCAAACCUUCCAAAGGAGGAGGGAAAAAGACAUCUCUCAAGAAAGAAAAGAAGUAAUGGAAUUUUUUUCUUCAAAGGCGUUUUAUAGACAAGUUGCAGUCAAGAUUUGAAGACACCAGUCAACCCAAGAGAACUUGUCUUUCCAGCCUAAAUUGCUCAGAUCAACUAUGUAAACCAAGCAGAAUCUCUCAGCCUGAUCUUAGUAUUUCCUGGAAACCACUCGACAUUCUGUGAGGUCCUCACUUAAAGGAAUUUGGUGGUGGUGGUUGGAGGGGUCGGGGAGGGCGGUAAACUUCCUGAUGGUAUACUUGCUUCUUUGGCUCUUGUCUAAGCGGAACUGUGUCUAGGAUGUGGCUCUGUCCAGAGUGAGCUGCAGAGUACUCAGUGAUGUACACGUCCAUUAGAACAGGGACUCUGCCUAGAACUCCUUCAGCACCUGCCAGACAGCUGCCUUCCAGUACCUGCCAGCUUGCUUUCAGGCGUAGUGACCUUGAACAGACCUGCCCUCCUUUUUGUUUUACUCGGUUAGGUUCUAUCUGCUGUACUUGAAGUAUAGGAGUAACAUGUGUUUGAAUUACUUGAAGCAUUUUUAAAGACAUAUAUGAUUAAAUAAACAAGUAAAAAUGACUAUUGUUCUGGGGCUUUAAAAAUUAUCCCAGUGAUGAUUUAAAAUACGAUGUGGAAGAAAGCUGGAUGGUGUUCAGGUUAGAGAAGAGGGAAGGAAAGUAGCCUCAUGCAGCCUUACAGCAGACACCCCGGUUUCAGGAGCAUAAAGAGACGUGAGUUGUAGUCCCGCCUCUACCUGCCAAACGUCUGUGGGCAGGUCACUGAGCUCGCCUCCCCUGGUUUCCUCAUCUACAAAGGGCGGAGGGAGGUGGGGUACAUGACUUCUUAGAGGCCCCUUCUGACUCUUCACUUUGAAGGCUAGCCAUCUUAACCCAGCGGUUUGUCGUAAUGCUUAUACUUACGGUGUUGGUUUGCGAGAAUAGUACAGCUUCUCACUUAAAUUGAGUUGGUAUGUAUUCAUUAGAGUAUAUAAAAACAAUUUUGGGGGACUGUCCAACUUUAAAUCUCCAACUUGUAGAUUAACCUAUUCAAUACCAUAUGCAUAAAACAAGCCUUAAUACCAAGCUUUAUAUAUCAUAAUUUAUCUGAGGUAAGCACAUGACACAUUUUCAGUUUCUAAUUACAAAAAGGUUAAAAAAUACUCUUUAAUUCUAUUAAAAAUAUAAUUGAAUGCAAUCUGAAGCAUCUGUCUUUGUGUGAUAGCAUUAGAACAUUGUAGUAAAAUAAAGUUACCCCAGUUUAUGAUCACUUGAAUUAUCCACUCUGAAGAUAAACAGUAAGAUCUAAAACUGAUAUGAUAAUCAGAAUUAAUAUUCAAUGAAAUUAAAUGGUGUGUAAAUUUAAGCCAUAGUUAAAAUCACUGCUGCGUUAAUGAGUGCCCUCAGUAAAUGGUCCGUGGUGACAUCAGAAUACCAAAGCUCUUGACUUCUGCUCUUACAUCAAAAGCCAUUUACCAUGGGAUAUAUUUAUACUGGACUAAUUGCCAGGGUUUCUUAAAUUUUUAAGGAAUUGCACCUUGGUGGCUCAUUAACAGCAAGAGUCUACAAAGUAUUUUUAAAUUGACUUUCCUAGUGCUUGCAGGCGGAAAUUUGGCAAGAUGAGUUUAAUAUUUGGAAAAAAUAAGACUAGCAAGGUACUUUAAGUAGAAAAUAAGCAUAACCUAAUAUCAAGCAAGAAAUGUGAGGCUGAGCUAGCCUAUCUGAAAAAUACAUAAAAUGUUCAUUUACACUUAUCCUCAACACUUUUGUCUUUGGUUACCCCUUCCAUAUCUAUCUGCCUCUAGGAUUGGAGAGCUAGAGAAAGCUUUAGAAAUGACGUCUGUUUGAUGAGUGGCUCAGAUUGACAGCACUAGGUCCUAAAAAUAACUUAUACAAUUAAAACAGAAAAUACAAGCAGAAGUGUUCUGAAGCCAGUGAUAACUAAUGUUACCAGUCAUUUGCUGUUUUGUGUGUAUGUGCAGUCUCAUAGAAUCCUGUAAUAAUUGAACUGAUCAUUGUUAACAGACAACAUGAGCUGCGAUUUGAGGGUAAUUUUUCAUUGUUAUAUCUUUGGGUACAAACUUUCCUGUCCGGUGAAAUAGGUUAACUUUUACUGAAGGAAAAAAAAAAAAAAAGUAACUGGAGAUAGAA